AUGGCCGAAGACUCCAGCGCCGCGUGGCCCAUUGCCGACGAGACUCUUGCCCAGAGCCUCCUCGAUCUCGUGCAGCAGGCUGCGCACUACCGUCAGUUGAAGAAGGGUGCCAACGAGUGCACCAAGUCUCUCAACCGCGGUACCUCCGAGCUCGUGAUCAUGGCCGCUGAUACCAGCCCUCUUGCCAUCGUCCUGCACUUGCCCCUCCUCGCUGAGGACAAGAACGUUCCCUACGUCUACGUCCCCAGCAAGAUGGCUCUCGGCCGUGCCACCGGUGUUUCCCGUCCCGUCAUCGCUGCCUCCAUCACCACCAACGAGGCCAGUGACCUGACCGCUCAGAUCCGUGCCAUCAAGAACCAGGUCGAGCGUCUCAUGAUCUAA